AUGAACCCGACCGACUUUUUCAUGCGCCAGAUCACGGCGCUGGACCCCAACUCGGAGGCUGCGACGCGCGUCAACAACCUCGUCGCCAAUUGGCACGCUCGCAGCCACGCGAUCGGUAACGACGAUGACGUCAAAGAUGGCUCGGACGCUACCGACAUGGUGUACGAAAGCUCGCACCUCGGCACGUUUGGCUCGAUGCACUUGCUCUGCAAGCGCAACGUGGCGCGCCUCGUGCGUGACUCGGUUGCGUUUCAGGCGCGCGUUGGCCAGAGCAUCAUCGUCUCGGUCGUCGUUGGCUUGAUCUUUCUGCAGAUUGAGUUGAACCAGGCCGGCGUCCAGUCGUUCUCGGGCGCCAUCUUCUUCAUCGUCGUCGACCAGUUUUUCAGCGCGACGACGCCCGAGUUUGCGUCCGUGCCGCUCGAGCUGCCGCUCAUGAAGCGCGAGUACAACGGAGGUCUCUACCGGUCGUACGUCUGGUACAUUGCCAAGAACGUCUCGGAGCUCUUGCUGCAGUUCUUCUUCCCGCUCAUCUAUUUGAUCCCGGCGUACUUUAUGAUCGGUUUUGGCGCUUCGAACGCGACGCUCUUUUUCACGUUCUACCUCUUCAUGGCGCUCCUCUCGAGCUCGGCGACCGGCCUCGGCUACAUGGUGUCGUGCAUUGCCAAGACGCCCGAGGUCGCGCCCAUCCUUGGCAUCCUCCUCAUCCUCCCGCUCCUCAUUUUUGGCGGUCUUCUCAUCAACACCAACAACGUACCCGUCUACCUGAAGUGGCUCGAGUUCAUCUCGCCGAUGAAGUACGCCUUCCGCGGCAUGAGUCGCGCUUUCUGGAACUCGAUCGACACGAUUCCGUGCGACAGCGCGCCGUGUGCCGCGACGACGGGCGCUCAAGUUCUCGCGAACCUCGGUCACGACAAGCAGAGCAUGGGCUACGACGUUAUCUUUUUGAUCUGGAUCAACCUCUUCUUCCGCUUGAUUGGCAUUGUGGCCCUCUGGAUCUCGCUCCGCAAGAAGAAAUAG